GUUCACGAGGCGCUAUUCACGGCGAGCAAGCUGAAACUCUGCACGAAGGUCAGGAUCAGGGCCGGCGCCCACGUGGUGCAGACAGACGAGAGCUCCAAGGGGACCCGCGCUGAGCCUUCCUUUAUCUUCGUGGAGCAGGGCACCCAGACCAUCGACGUGGAGCUGAUGGACAGCCGCGAGAGGAAGGUGCUGGCGGUCAAGAAACUAGAUGUGGAGAAGGACGUCCUGAACCGGGAAGGAAAGGACAAGCUGCAGGACGUCCUGUACAGCAUGAAACAGAAGAGUAAAGGCCUCCUCAACCCGAAGAUCAGGCUCACCGUGCUCUUUGAGGGCGACAGCGCGGCAGAGCAGGGCCUGCUGAAGCAGAUGGACUGUAGCCAAGAGUCCAACCUGGUGCUGCGGCACGUGCAGCAGAUGGCGGAGGACGCGUGCGACCUGCAGCACAGCAUGAUCGACGAGAACGGGGAGAUCAAGCCCAUGCCCAUGACCGAGCUUGAACUGCUCGCGAAAGGCUGCGCGGGGCCAGUGGACAAGUUCGGCAGCUGGGGCAGCAGAUCGACGGUCUACGUCGGCGUGCAGGGGCCCCCGCACACGAAGAAGUUCGUGCUGGGCAUCUGGAGGAACCAGGGCGACUUCGCCAGCGGCGGCAAGCCGGAACUGGAGGUGGACCUGCUGAAGAUCCUCAGCGUCCAGCCCGAUCCACACCCCAGGCGCUCGGAGGUUUUCGUCAUCCAGUACGUCGACCCCGCGGACAAGCUGAAGAAGAGGCUGACGCUCAAGCGGAUCGACCGCAGCAGGGACGACGUUUGGGUCGAGAUUCUGACGAAACUGAUCAAGCUGCUGCACGACGAGAAGGACCUGGACGCCAAAAAGAGGGUCAAGGUCUGA